AUGUCGAGGUAUCAGUGUUCCCUGUGUCAGGUUGAGACACCGGAGGAUGAUCUGAACUUCUGCGUCUGCUGCCGCGCUGCCGUCUGUGCGAAGUGUACUCGAGCAUGCUACCCGAACCGCAAGAGCGUAGGCCUCUGCGUGCGGUGCACGCCACCCGACUACGGCUUCGCCUGCGGGCGGUGUUCCCGGCACAUUUCGUACGUAGACAUUGAAUUCUUCUGCGACAUGUGCGCCGCCCCCAUCUGCUUCACUUGCGUAGCGAGCGGUAGUAGCUUUGAGUGUGGGCAGUUGAAAUGUAGUCUGUGCUGCGAGUGCCCAAUGUCACAGGCGCCGCGUAAUCUGGUGAUCCGCCACGAGGUGGAUGACGCCAUGCUGCGCCAGCUCCCGAUACCACUCGUGUCAAAUGCGCCACCAACGGUGGCGCCGCCGCCGCCGCAAGCGCGCGCGGCGGCCGCGGCGGUGGCGGCGACAAAGAGCACCAAAUACCGAAAGCUGUUUGGGCGAGAGAAGCUCGGCGAGGGCGCGCAGGGCAUCGUGUACAAGUGCUACACGGAGGAGAACGAGGUGGUUGUAGUGAAGGAGAUGGUGUUUAACGAUACAGAUGUCACCGCCUUCGAGGCACAGGCACGGCAAGUCGAACGCAUGCGCCAGCUAAGCCACCCCCAUCUCAUUCGCUACCUUGACGUGUCGGUCCAGAAGGACCCGCUACGCAUCUGCGUAGUCAUGCCUUUCUACAGCGAAGGCGACUUGAAAAAGUUCAUUGAAAGACAGCGCAAACCGGUGACAGAGGUAAAGUUGUGUUCCAUCGUUCUGCAGAUUGCCGGCGCCCUCAACUACCUGCAUCGACAAGAACCGCCGCUGGUUCAUCGCGACAUCAAGCCCGAGAACAUCCUGCUGCUGAACCACGAGGAGCAGGUGCUGCUGAUGGAUCUGGAUCUCUGUCGAACAGUAGACGUAACAGUGAGCGUCAUCAAGCGGCGCGAGCUGUCGCCAACGUAUGAGUACCGCGCCCCGGAGCUGGAGAAGAGCCACGGCGAUACGAAAGCGGACGUGUUUAGUCUUGGUGUGGUGAUGUUUGUGCUUGCCACUCUGCCAGACUUUCCAUGCGUGCGUACAGACUCCGGAGAGAUGCUGGUCAUCUCUGCCUCUAAGUGGUCUCCAUCGGCACUGAAGCGCGCUAUUCAGCGCGAAAUCAAGCGUGUGCAGCGGUACACGUACUCGGAGGAGUUUAUCCGCUUAGUUGUGGCGAUGCUUGUUCACCAGCCCGCCGCACGCCCCACGUCGGGGGCGGUUAUCUACCGCCUGCAGAAGAUCAUGGAACAGCGUCUCAUGGAGGGUAAGGAGUAG